GACACAAACACACACACACACACACGCACACAGAGCUCUCUACCGGCUCACGAAACAGCGAGCAGCGGUCCUUCCACAUUAGUGUAUCGACAGCAUCUUUAAAAAGCAGGGCUCUUCUGGACACCUUUCCAUCUAUCGGUGUUUCUUUUAAUUUGGCGUCAUUAUUUUGGAGAGAAGCGCCGAAGCUGUGCGGUGAAUCGGAUGGAGACACUUUCUGUGGUUUGACUCAGAAAGCGCAGCCACUUUGCUAACACACAAGACUGGUGCAGGUUUAACUGAAGUGGAAAAAAAGAAGAUCUGGUUAUCUAAGGAUUCUAUUUCUGAAGUAAAUAAACAGCCGAGACUUUCACAGCUCAGGAACUAUAUUAUAAGAAGGAUUUAACUUCCAUUUGGAGGUAAACAUAUAGCGUAAAAGUAGCCCGGCACAAAAGAGACGCCUUCAGAGGAAAGGAGACGGCCAGCUCAGCCAUGGAGGUCGCAGCGGCUGAUCAGUCUCGGUGGAUGGCGCACCAUCAUGCAGUACUGAACGGCCAGCACCCGGAUUCUCACCACCACAGUCUGAGCCACAACUACAUGGAGCCCAUGGCGCCUUUAUUGCCCCAGGACGAAGUUGACAUGUUUCUGAACCACUUGGACUCUCAAGGGAACCCCUACUACACCAACUCCCGGGCAAGGGUCGCAUACAGCCAAGCACACGCUCGCCUCACUGGGAACCAGGUUUGCCGACCACACCUCAUCCACAGCCCCGGUAUUCCCUGGCUGGACCCCGGGAAAGCAGCGCUGUCCGCGUCCCACCACCAUAACGCAUGGGCGGUCAGCCACUUCAGCAAACCCGGCCUGCACCCCACCGGCUCCGGCUACCCCUGCAGCAGCAGCACUGGCACGGCACCGGUGUCGUCGCUCACUUCGGCGUCCCACUCCAGCCCACACCUCUACAGUUUCCCCCCUACCCCUCCGAAAGACGUGUCCCCGGACCCCGGACCCACGUCUCCAUCUUCCUCCUCCCUCCUGGUCGAGGUGGAGUCGAUCAAGUACCAGGUGCAGCUGACGGACGGCAUGAAAAAGGAGAGCUGUAGUCCGCUUCGCAGCAGCCUGUCCUCGAUGAACAGCCAGGCCCCGGCCACGCAUCACCCCAUCCCGACGUACCCGGCCUACCCUCUGCAUACACCCCAUGAGUACAGCGGCAGUCUCUUCCACCCCGGCAGCCUGCUCGGCGGGUCCUCCUCCAGCUUUACGCCAAAAUGCAAGAGCAAGGCCAGGUCGAGCUCAGAACUAUAUGCAGAGGGCCGUGAAUGUGUAAACUGUGGCGCCACCUCCACCCCUCUGUGGCGAAGGGAUGGUACCGGCCACUACCUUUGCAACGCCUGCGGACUGUACCACAAGAUGAACGGCCAGAACCGACCACUUAUCAAGCCCAAACGUAGACUGUCCGCAGCUAGACGUGCAGGCACCUGCUGUGCAAACUGCCAGACCACCACUACCACCCUGUGGAGGCGCAACGGGAACGGAGACCCGGUGUGUAACGCCUGCGGCCUUUACUUUAAACUGCACAAUGUCAACAGACCCCUGACCAUGAAGAAGGAAGGCAUCCAGACACGCAAUCGCAAGAUGUCCAGCAAGUCCAAGAAGAACAAGCGAGCAGGGGAUGGCUUCGAUGAGCUAUCCAAGUGCAUGCAGGACAAGGCCUCUCACUUUGGCGGUGCACCCAGCCUCACUAGCCACAUGACCCACAUGGGUCACCUUCCCCCCUUCAGCCACUCGGGACACAUGCUGCCUACUCCCACGCCUAUUCACCCUUCAUUUGGUCACCCCCACCACUCCAAUCGCUCGCCGGUGUGGGCUGAGCCUCACUGAACUCCCUUCUAUCCCAGAACUCCUCCGCCUGUAGGAGCCACCACAUCGCCAUAAACACUAAAUGGCCUCCACAUCACGCCGAGAGCUUGUUGCGUCAUGUACAGUGGUUGGAGGGUAGAGGACUUUCAGUUGGACUUGAUGACUGAAGGUCACGUCAUGCCUGACCUCACUGAUGGGACGCUGCAGAGCAGGACUUUAGCGGAUUCUAUGAAGAGCUAAUAAGACGAGGGGUUUCGUAGUCCCUAGGUGACUGAGGCUUGCAGGAAUGGAGUGAAUGGAGACGCUUGUCAUUCUUUUUGCUUAUUUUUACUAAGUCACUUUGGUACCCACCUCUCCUUGACCCUGUAACAGGAGACUCACGAGAGGUCUUAAAACAAACCGCUGUUUUCACAUCACGAUCAUCUCAUUAUACACUGAGAUACGUGCAUCCUGUCCAUCCCCAGGCUAUCAACCACAACUGCUGCGGAUGGACAGACAAACCCUCAGUGCUGGAGGUCUAAAGAUUGGCUGACAGCACCUCUGCUACGAACCAGUCAGACUACAGUACCCACAAACCAGUGCUCUCCUCACAUGCUGGAUUGUACGCCACCACGAUGCUCACCACCUGUUUUUAAUAAUGGACUUUUAUGGAAAAACACAGUAAAUAGAGUGUUUAUAAAUGCUUAAUUGCUAUUAUUGUUGUUAUAUUUGAUGUUAUAAUUAUUGCUACGAUAAUUUAUUUUCCCUCUUUAAGCUUUUGUCAAAGACACAUGGAAACUGUUAUGAUUUUAAUUUCAUGGUUAUCACGUAAAGAAAAACACUGACCUAUCUUAGAUGAAAAGUCCCUGAGCUGUACGUUUUUAUCAUUUUUCCAUCUCACAAAAGU